AGUAUCUCAUAAAUUGAUGACCAGUGUGACCAGUAAUUAACUAUAAUUAACUUACUUCAAGUAAAAAAAAAAAAGAGGAAAAAGUCAACUUAAUUUACGAGACAAUUUAAACUCUUUUGAAUCUGAUUCUUUUCUCGAGCAACGGAACAAUAACAACAAUUAACUAACACACAAAACAAUUUAUCCAAUCGAUAAACAAGAAAAAAGAAGAGAAAAUUAAAUCAAAUUUCCAAACUAACAAUUAAACUCCUUAAACUAUCACAAUAUUAUAAACUUUCUGAAAGUAAAUCUCAUCAAUGAAACGAUUGAUUUGCAAUUAGUAAACAAUGAAAAUGAUAAUCAACCAAAGAGUAAUGAUCAAUAGAGCUUAGUUAGUGUCCCAUUCUUGAUUGCUCUUUGUAAUCAACCCAUCAAAGUUAAACAAUUUAAGGUAAAUCAAAAUGACUAUAAAGUUAAUCAACGUUAAUUAUAUCAAGAAAUGUAAUAAUUAUAAUAAUUGUUAAAGAUUUUGCUGUUUCUCCGCCUCAAGUUGAUGUUAACGCCUAAACUUGAACCAUCUUAACCAAUGGUAAAUUGUUUGCAGUUAAGUUAAUCAACCAAUGGGAGAUGUUUAUUAUAUUAUAUAUACAAUUGGUUUGUACUGUAAACAAAAUGAUGAGGAUGAUGAUGAGGAUGGAGAGAUGAUGAUGAUAAGGAGGAUGAAGAUGAAGAUAAACACAAAACAAAAAAGUUAAACUUAACAAUUGUGACUUGGCUUUAAAGUGACUUCAAUGUUACAAAUACUUUUGAGGUUUUGUAUAAUUAUUAUGGUUUAAUUGAUGUUACAAUUAGUUUUAUAAACUUAGUUAGUGUUGAUUGUGUUUAAUUGUGAUGCUAAAUCUAUGAACCAUAUAACCAAAUCAUCAUCAUCAGGAAUCAUCUUCAUCUUAGUCUCAAUCAUCCGAACCCGUUAUAUUUGAAUGCCCGGUUGAUAUUCAAACAAUUUAAAGUAACUUGAGAAAAUUUAUUUUCUAUUAAUAAUUUACUUUCUUUUCUAUUCUUAAUUGUUCAAUUUAUCUUCACCAUUUUCACGAGUGAUUAGUGUGUUUGUGUUUUUCUGUGACAAUCAAUUUAAAUCAUCAACGGAUUUGGAUUAUCAAUUGAGAUUUUCUUGUUCGUUAACUUUAUCAUCAGUGCCUCGAGACUCAACAAACUUUUCAUGUUUAUGUGUCAACAACAAUCAACUUCAUCGUUAUCAUCAUUAUCAUCUUCAUCUUCAUCAUCGAUUUCAUCUUUUUCUUCAAUGAAUUCUAUUGCUCGAGUUAAUCAAAUUCACGGGGAAGUUAAUCAACUUGGUGGAGUUUUCGUCAAUGGUCGACCUCUUCCAAGUGAAAUUCGGAAUAAAAUCGUUGAAUUAUCUCAUCUUGGAGUUCGACCUUGUGAUAUCUCUCGGAGAUUAAAGGUCUCUCAUGGUUGUGUCUCCAAAAUCUUAGCCCGUUUUGCCGAAACAGGAUCAACCGCUCCAGGGAACAUCGGUGGUUCCAAACCCAGAGUUUCCACCAAAGAGGUCGUUGCUGCAAUCAGACGAUUAAAGAAAAAUGAUCCUGGAAUAUUUGCCUGGGAGAUUCGAGAGGCUCUUCUCAAAGAGGGAACUUGUCAUCAAUCAAAUGUUCCCUCUGUAAGUAGCAUCAGUCGCAUCCUGAGAGCUGAAAAAAACAGUUUAUCUUCAUCUUCUUCAUCAUCUGUAUCAUGUUCAUCACCUUUAUCAACCUCAACCACUACCACUAACCUUUCAUACACCAAUGGUUACGUCAAUUGUAAACGAGGCCCACCGCCAAUAGCACAUCAUCAUCCUCACCAUCACCCACACCACCCACACCAUCAUCAUCACACUUUACCUCUUCAACAUCACCCCCACCAUCACCAUCACCAUCAUCAUCCUUAUUCAAACAGUUUAACUCAUCAUCAUCAUCAUCAUCCAUCAACAGGCCCACCAACCAAUUCAAUAAUUCACAAUAGUCCCGAGUCUCUUUCACCCUCCGGGUCGAGUCCCUCCUCGUUUUACAACACCCUUUACUCGAGUUACACUUACCCUGGUUCGGGUAAUUUAGCUCAUUCCAUGGAUUCACCCUCCCUGUCCACCUCAUCGCCGACGACUCCACCAUCGUCCAUUACGACCUCUGGUUCAAAUCAUCAUCCAAAUUUAUCCACAUCUUCAACCUCUUCCGCCUCCGGUCAUCCAGGUCAAACAGUUUCACCCUGUUCACCUUCAACUGUCUCACCUUGUUCAUCGGCUUCAGCGGUCGCUGCCACCGCUGCUGCGACAAUCGCUUAUCACAAUAUGUCCAAAGCUUUUUCAACCGUUGAAGCUUCAGCUCUUUACACACCAGUCUAUCCUGGGUUCACUUGUUCAGCCAGUGGGGUGGCUGCAGCAGCCGCUGCCGCUGCUGCUUGUGGUCACAUUCAGAUACCCAAUCAACAUCCCUCAGGCAAUUCACCGGACACAACUAACUUUGCCUUAAUGAAUAGAGCUUUUAAUUCAGUUGAUUUGGCAACAGCAAUUAGACAUCCUUGGACCUCUACUCAUACAGUUACCAAUCUAUUGGCAGAUUUUCAAUGAAAUUAAAACUCACAAUCACAAACCCCAAUUCAACAAAUACAAAUCAAUUUUAAUGUAAAACAAAAUGCAAUGUUAAUUACAAUUAAUAAAUUGCCGCAAACAAUCAAUUAAUUAACUAAAUUGUUUCUCUAAAAUUACUUAAUCACUCAUUAAUCCAAUCAAUGAUAUUUCUUACAAAGCCAAUGGAUACAAAACUACAAGAGUUAACCACUUCUAAUACUAAUCACAAUUAACUUGAAGCGAUUGACAAUCUUAUUUUAAAUUUGAUUGUUAUGAUUAACUAGAUGAUGAUUAUGAUGAUGAUUAUAUAGAUUCAAUAGGAGGAGGAUUAAGAGGUGGUGGUGGUGAUGGAGAUGAAGGAGGAUUAACCAAGAUAAGAAGGUGUGGAUUAAGUUGAUUAUAAUAGUUAAAGUUAAUGAUGAUUAACUUGGCUUGGUGACAAUAAAGUGAAAUUGGUUGACAGAAACUGAAUCAACUGAUUACCAUGUUGAAAUUAAAUAUAAAAAGCAAAGCCAAAGAUUGUUAAACAAUUUGUGGUUAAUAAGUGAAAAUUUGUUGAAAGAAGAUGAUGAUUUAACUUGAUUCAUAUCUAAAUCAGUUUCUUUAGGUUAAAUUAUUACAAUCAAUCAGCAAACCACAAUUAGACCAUGAAGACUAACAACAAUCAAAGAAAGGAAAAAAUUUAAUCAAUCAUAAAAAAAAUUAACUUCCAAAUAAUAAUAAUAACAUUAAUGAUAAUCAAGUCUCUCUCUCUCUCUCCCUCCUUAUCCAAUUGAAACAAUUUACUAAUUGUUAAUCAAUCGUCUUUGGUGGUGUACAGGCUUGGAUAAGAGACAAUUGAUUCAAUUCUAUCAUUACAAUUAAGUUAAUUGUGAACCACCGACGACGAUUCUAAAUA